UCGGUAGUCGGCAGUCUCACUCGCGCCAUCAUCCAUCCCUAUUUCUAAAAUACUACUUGCAUACCAUCUAAACAUUCGUCGUCGUCGUCGUCAUCAUCAUCAUGCGAUGAAGAGGACGAGCAUUAUAAACUAACCAAGUAUCUAGUAACUUUUAGAUAAAUAAAUACUGGUAACCUCAACGCAUCUCCUUCCCCCUCCACCACCCUCUGUACUAUUCUAACCAGUAGUAUAUAUUAUAGUCGACAUGUUACCACUUCUGCCAUUAACUACUUAAGCAUCAGCAACAAGAAGUCGACAUCGGCAGCGACACACGUUACAUUAAAACAGUUGAGUUUGGGCAACUGCACAUUUCUGUCUCUAUUAUUAUUACUCUGUCUGUGAGAUUUGGCACAAAUUAAACUUCAACCUCAACCUAAACUAAACCAAAGUCAAGGUCCUUCCUUUCUUCCCCCUCCCUAUAGCUACGAAUUAGUUUAAAUUACGUUUAAAUGUCCUUUAUUUAGCCUGGAGUACAAGGAAACCUUUCUUAUCACUUUAUUUGUCUCUCGUCCCGCACAGCCCUGAAACCAAAUUAGGGUGCGUUAGUUAGAAAAGAAAAUCGAAAAGACAGACAGGCAUCGGAAAUUGCCAAAUUCUAGGCAGGCACUAUGCAGCCCGUGCCAAUUCCAUCAACACAACAACCUUAUUAGUAGAACCAUCCAGGUAUUCGUGGGGUAUGGGCUGCUGCUGUGGCAAGUCUUUUAUGCGACUAAAUUCCCGUUUGUCAUUUCAUUCAUAUUGAAAACCCACCUGCUUUUGUGGUGAGUGAGCGAGUGAAAAUCAGUUGAAGCUAAACGGACCGACCGACCAGACGGCUGUUGUGUUCAUCGAGUGACCCUCGCCAAAGGACAAAAGAAGCCGCAUCAAAAUAUUAAAUCAAAAGAUUAUGUGGAAUUGCACGAUCCGAGUUAAACUAAUUAAUUAUUGGUGAAUAUAAGAGGAAGAAGUUGGAACGGAGACAAUCAGUCCAGAAAUAGGAGCCGAUAAAAGUCAAAAGUUGUGCCUCUGCCAAUUGGUGUGGGGUUGGUUGGGUGUGGUGCGUGGUGCAAAAUAAUCAAGAUGAAAAAAUACAAGAGCACAUUUCUCGAAAUAUCGACAUGGUGGAGGAACAAUACGACGACUGCGUUGGUUGGAGUACUACUAUUUUACCUGAUGGCAUUGUCCGAAAUGAAGACUGUAGUGGUUGCAGCAAAGCAACACGAAGUACAAGGAAAAUGUGUGAUGUAUGGAAUAUGUGGCAGUAGUAAUAAUCUCGAUUUAAACUGCAAAGUAGACCACCCACCAAAGCCUUUGAAAAAUGGGACUGACCUCGCAAAAUUGAAAACUUAUUGUCCUGAACUAAUCUCCGAGUUUGGAUCUGACUUACAGGUUUGCUGCAGUCCAGAACAAAUCGAAAAUCUGAUAACGAACCUUCAACUCCCUGCCAACAUUCUGCAAAGAUGUCCUGCUUGCUUUAACAACUUUAGACGAUCUUUUUGUGAGUUUACUUGCUCCCCAAACCAGCAUUUGUUCGUCAAUGUAACAGAAACGACAACAAGCUCCUUGCAUCCUAAUGAAGACGACGGCGAUGAACCUCUUUCUGACGAAGAUAGUCAAGAACAAGAAAUGGAUGAGAAAGAAGAACAUGAUGAACACCACCCAUCAGCCAAAUCAGAUUCCGUCGGUCAAGAAAUGGUGACAAAAGUAGACUUUUUUAUAACAAGAAAAUAUGCAAGGUCGACAUAUGAGAAUUGCAAGAACGUGUUGAUGAGCACAACUAAUGGCCCAGCAAUGGAUAUUCUUUGCGGCCCGUGGGGUUCUUAUCGUUGUUCUGCCGAGAAAUGGUUCGACUACAUGGGAUCGACAUCAAACGGAUACAGUCCGUUUAGUAUCCGUUACAGAUUCACACAAUCAGAAGAGGAAGCCGCUAAAGGUGGUGCCAACGGUAUUAAAGAGUAUUUAACUGAACAAGACGUGGAGGCAAGCCAAGUGAUUGAUGAAAGAAUUCGACCACUUGAUCCAAAAACCUACUCAUGUUCGGAACUCAUGUUUGCAACGGAUCCUCUGGGUCCAAGAAAAAGUUGUUCUUGUGUCGAUUGUCCUACAAGCUGUCCAGCCGCUCAGGCUCCACCAACUCCAGUUCCGGAAUGGAAAAUUGGCGGCUACCCCGCAACAAUGGUUAUCAUGAUUAUGAUUUUUAUAGUUGGAACUAGCAUCAUCAUCUUCAUGGCAUUCAUGAGUUACACUGCUGAACCAAAAGACUAUACUGCGGGUGAAUCCACUGAAAAAGAACCAACAAUAGACUUCAUGACUAAACUUGGAAUGCAUACGGAAGCAGCCUUGAACUUGUUUUUUAGACAUCUUGGAGAACUGUGUGCUGGCCAUCCGUUUGCUGUUUUGAUACCAAUGACCAUCAUCACAAUUGGCUUGGCCUUUGGAAUUGUACAGUUAAACAUAACGACAGAUCCGGUUGAGUUGUGGGCUUCACCAACGUCAAGGUCUCGACUUGAAAAGGAUUAUUUCGAUAGGACUUUUGGACCAUUUUAUAGAAUAGAGCAUCUCAUCAUCACAGCCAAAAAUCUCCCAACUGUUCAACAUACCACAGCAGAUGGACGGGAAGAUUUUGGUCCAGUUUUCAAUAAAAAAUUUAUGGACGCUAUAUUGGAUUUACAAAACAGAAUAGAGAAUCAGAUUCGUGGAAAACAAAAUAAUGUCACCCUUUCGGAUGUGUGCUUUAAGCCCCUUUCGCCCGACAACGAUCACUGUUCCGUAUUCAGCUACUUAGGAUGGUGGAGGGAUGAUAAGAUGGAGAUCGACAAGGUUCAAAAGGAUGAAGACACUGGCGUCGAAGAUAAUUACUUGGACCACUUCAAAUUUUGUUCUCGGAACCCUGUCUCACCUAAGGACUCUACUCUUUUGCACCAAAGCUGCUUGGCAAAGUAUGGGGGACCGAUCGAUCCAAGUGUAGUUCUGGGUGGGUUCUUGAAAGAUGGAAAAAUGGUUCAAGAUCCACCGUAUAAAGAUGCCAACACUGUCGUCAUAACCUACGUCGUAAACAAUUAUUAUGAAAAGGACAAGCUUAAGCCAGCUAUGGAAUGGGAACAAGCUUUUCUGGAUUUCAUGGACAAUUAUACUAAGCUUCAUAAACCCGAGUUCAUGGACAUUGCUUACAGAGCCGAACGCAGUAUUGAAGAUGAACUACGACGAGAAAGUGAAGGAGAAAUAGUCACCGUUGUGAUCUCAUAUUUAAUAAUGUUUCUCUACAUUGCUGUGAACUUGGGACAAAUUAAUCAAUUUUCUCGAAUGCUGAUCGACAGUCAAAUUGCUCUUGGAAUCGCUGGAGUUUCAAUUGUGCUGGCUUCUGUUGCUGCAUCGGUGGGACUUUUUGGUUACUUGGGAGUCCCUGCGACGUUGAUUGUGAUUGAAGUUAUUCCCUUCUUGGUGUUGGCUGUUGGCGUGGACAACAUAUUCAUAAUGGUUCAACAUUACCAGAGGUCCGAAAGAUUGCCCAGCGAGAACAAAGCGAAACACAUUGGGCGAGUUAUAGGGGAUGUAGCUCCAUCAAUGUUGCUCAAUUCUUUCACAGAUUCUGCCAGUUUCUUCUUGGGAGGCCUUUCGGGGAUGCCAGCUAUCCGAGCCUUUGCAUUCUAUGCUGGAAUGGCCCUAUUGUUCAACUUUGUGUUGCAAUUUACUUGUUUCAUCUCGAUCAUGUCCCUGGACAUUGCAAGACGAGAAGAAAAUCGUUUCGAUUUGCUGUGCUGUGUCCAAGGAAAAACAGUCCAAAAACAAAAGUACGAUAAGGGUAUCCUAUACGCUGGAUUCAAAAAAAUAUGGGCACCCAUCCUUCUUCAGUUUCCCGUCCGAGUAGGAGUUAUAGUCGUAUUCCUUGGGUGGCUAUGCUCAUCCCUGGCUGUAAUUCCCAACGUCGAUGUGGGAUUGGACCAAGAACUUUCUAUGCCGGAAGAUUCUUAUGUUACAACUUACUUCAAAGCCAUGAAGAGUUAUCUGAGUGUUGGUCCUCCUGUGUACUUUGUGGUGAAGGAUACCAACUUCAACUACAGUGACCAUUUUCAACAGGAUUUGCUUCGCUCAGGAGACAAUUACAAUAGUUUGACGGCACAAAUAUUCAUUGCCAGUAAAUCUCCUGAACGGACCUUCAUUGCGAAGCCUGCUAGCUCAUGGCUGGAUGACUACAUUGACUGGGCCGGUAUUUUAGAAUGUUGCAAGGUUAAAUUACACACAAAUGGAACGGAAUACUGUUCAAGCGCUGAACAAAGUACAAGAAAAUGUAAAUCGUGCGGCCUUCACGAACAGUUGGACCAUGAGGGAAGGAUGUCAGCUGAACUAUUUGAAAAAUACAUUACGUUCUUUCUUAAAGACAAUCCGUUUGAGGAAUGUCCUAAAGGUGGACAUGCGGCGUAUGCUCAAGGCGUUAGUACUAAAAUGGUGACUGAAUCCUCGGGUCACAAUCGUACCAGGGCGGCUGCAUCGUACUUUAUGACCUAUCACAGUAUUCUAAAAACAUCUGCAGACUAUACAGAUGCAAUGAGACAAGGGAGAGCCAUCGCUGCCAACAUUUCCAAAACAUUAAACGGUGCAACUAAUUCGACCCAACAUGAAGUAUACCCAUAUUCGGUGUUUUACGUCUUCUAUGAGCAAUACCUAACAAUGUGGGUUGAUACUCUACAUUCUCUUGGAAUCAGCUUUAUCACAGUAUUUGUUGUCACCUACCUUCUGACGGGUUUUGACAUUUACUCUGCUCUGGUCAUUAUUCUAACUAUCUUUAUGAUUGUCGUAAACGUCGGUGGUCUCAUGUAUCACUGGGACAUUUCGCUCAAUGCCGUUUCUCUUGUUAAUCUUGUAAUGGCCGUUGGUAUCGCCGUCGAAUUUUGCACUCACAUUGUACAUGCCUUCUGCGUAUCAAAAGAGACAACAAGACUGGAACGGAGUCGUGACAGCUUGGUCAACAUGGGCAGCUCCGUCCUAUCAGGGAUUACACUUACCAAAUUCGGAGGGAUAGUUGUCCUUGGAUUUGCAAAAUCUCAAAUAUUUCGCGUAUUCUACUUUCGCAUGUACUUGGGCAUAGUAUUAUUUGGAGCAGCACAUGGACUGAUUUUCCUCCCCGUUUUAUUAUCCUUUGUUGGACCGCCGAAAAGACCCGGAAGACCUUCACACUAAAUUAUUCUCACUUAAUUAUGAAAGCAUUACCUGAUCAAUUAGCUGCAUUGGCGAAGGUCGACGAUUUUGUACUGUAUCGUCGCUACAAACACUUGAUCUGAUCGUCAUCGUCGUGUGUUGUCCUUUAGUUCCUGAUCGUCACUCCAUUGAAAAUCCAUUGUCAAAUUUUUAAUACCAAUCAAAUAUAUACAAACUACUGAGAUAGUAUGGAGAAGUUGUCCAGUAGCCGUAUUCAUAGUAGCUUCAUAAGCUUGCCAGUAUAUGAUUAUUCAUUUAUUAUUACAUUUAUCAUUUUUAGCAACAAAUAUGUGGCCAUAUUUUAACCACGAAAUAUUAGCAUGUAUGUAGACUAGAGUAGAACAUAUUUUUGUCAAAGGAUAGAUUUAUUUAUAAUCAGUAAGUGCAAAAAAGACUUUUGUGCACACUGACAUAUAAACACAUAUAUGCAUAGAACAUAAAUAACAUAAACGUAUUUAAUCAUUUUUUGCAAACAAUUUAACUUAUCAGUAUUGUUAUAAUAAUAAUAGAAAAAUUUUCCGUCUGACUACAAUGAGCGUACCACACACCACACACCUACUACUACAGUACUACUAUUCCUUUAAUAUUUGUACACGCUAGCUACCUUUAUGUAAAUGCAAUGUAAAGGACUGGCAAAAGUCAUUUGUGAUAAUAUGUGAACGCGCUCUAGAAGCACAUAGUAAUUAAUACAUGCAAGGAGUCAAUACUUACAUAAUUUACUGAUAUAAUAUAUUAAUUAAGGUAGUAAUGUGCAAGUGUAGUGUAGUGUCGAGCUACCAGCUUUAAAAAAAACUUUGAGGAAACAGGUGACCUGAACUGAAAAUCCCAUGUAGAGUACUCUAUUUAGACAAUUGAGUCACUUAUUAACGAGUAGUAACCAAAUCCAAAUGUUUGACUGAAUGCGAAGUCCUGAGUUUUGAAGAAGCUGUUAUAAAAAUGUGCCUGCUACAUAUUUUAGGUUGAUGGUACUGCUGGAAUUGGUACAUCGAUCAUCGAUUAGGUCGAGUUUAUUCCAAUUGCCUCAUGUUUCUUAUUUUUAUCGUCGAGUGAUAACUUGUAUGUAUAAAUAGAUUAAUGAACCCAGGCAAUGCAAAUAAAUUAAAUGCAGAAAAGAA